AUGAUAGAGAAAAAAACAUCAUUAAUUAUUGAACGUUUAUUAGCGUUUAAAGAAUUUUCACCUCUUAUAACUAUUUCCGAUACAAUUUUACAAUCAUCAUGGCCACUUAUUUUUCAAUUUUUAAAAAAAGCAAAAUACAAAAAUAUUAUAUCAAUACACAUAAAAACAGAAAUUAGCAUCGUAGAUCAAACAAUUAGUGACCAUAGCAUAUCAUUAUUUUAUAUAGAAAAUAAAAAAAUUAAAAAAAAAGACAUUAUAACAAUAAUAGACAAUAUUCAAGAAAUAUGUUCAAAAUACGAAUCAUGUCAAAAAUUUGUCAUACUUAUAGAUUCUAUUAAUGUAUAUAAUAUAUCACUAAAUAUUUCAGAAAUAAUAACAUCAAUUCUCUCACUGCAUAUUUCAAAAACUCUAAUUCAAAUAUAUCACUCAUCAAUAAAUCUUCCAAAAUCAUACCCUACAUAUAUUCCAUCACCACUAGAAUUAUUAUCAUAUAUUUCAACAACAAUUAUUUCAGUUCAUUCAUUAUCUCAUGAAUUAGCUACUAGAAAUGCAAAAGAUAAAGCAUUAACAACACCAAUUGAAGAUGACUCUUUUAUUGAAGGCACAAUUGUUCCUUUAGACUCAAACGAUGAGUCAAAGAUAGUUAUUAGUAUUGAGCAUCGCCGUAAAAGUGGGAGAGGUAUACAUGAAAAAUCAGUUUUAAUUAUAAGAUCAGGCACUUUACUAUCUAUUACAGAUGUCGAAGAAUUCAAAAAAACAAACUACAUUAUUAGAGAUGAAAUAAAUGAAAAUUUAAAUGCUAAUUUCACAUUAACACUCACAGAUAAACAAAAAAAACAAAAAGAAAAAUUAAUACUUCCAUAUUUUAAAUCACAAACUAUUAAUCAAAAAAGUUCAAUAUAUUAUAGUCCAGACCCGGAAGAUGACAUAGACGAAGAAGAUCCGGAUAGUGAUUUACUAUUAUAA